UUAUUUUCUUGAUGUUUAAAUUGACUGUGAAUCGGAAACGUUUGCGAGAUUUGCAAGAAAAAUUAAAUAUUUAUUCAUAAAUUUCAUCUAAAAUACUUAAAAAAAUUGGAAUUAAAGCAAUAAUCUGAUUUGUAUGUGCAGAAGACGUGUGUUUGUCUCAAAGUUUUUAUAUGUAGCAAUAGCUUGAUUAGGACGAAGUAUUGGAAACUUACUAAAGAUCUAAAAUGGCUGGUAUGCCACCAUAUAUGCUACCGCCCAACCCUUGGGCGGCUCAAAUUCUCGCAGCAGCUCAGCAACAAAUGCAAGUAAUGGCGACGCAGCAAAUUCAAAUGCAGCAUACAGGUGCACCUCCUGGAACACCUAUUAAUAGUCAGCAACCUCCCCUUGGCGUAAUACCACCUCCAAAACAGGAUUUUAUUAACGAAGAUAAACUACAAGAAAAAGCUUUAAAAUGGCAACAAUUACAAUCUAAGAGGUUUGCUCCAAAAAGAAAAUUUGGUUUUGUUGAUGCUCAAAAGGAAGAUAUGCCACCUGAACAUAUUCGAAAAAUUAUACGAGAUCAUGGUGAUAUGACUAGCAGAAAAUACCGUCAUGAUAAACGAGUUUAUUUAGGAGCCUUAAAGUAUAUGCCUCAUGCUGUUUUAAAAUUAUUAGAAAAUAUGCCAAUGCCGUGGGAGCAAAUACGUGAUGUUCAAGUUUUGUACCACAUUUCUGGCGCAAUAACAUUUGUCAACGAAAUUCCAUGGGUAAUUGAACCAGUUUAUAUUGCGCAAUGGGGUACAAUGUGGAUUAUGAUGAGAAGAGAAAAACGUGAUAGAAGACAUUUUAAAAGAAUGCGAUUUCCACCGUUUGAUGAUGAAGAACCUCCUUUGGAUUACGCAGAUAACGUGUUAGAUGUAGAACCUUUAGAGGCAAUACAAAUUGAAUUAGAUACCGAAGAAGAUGCUCCAGUCUAUAAAUGGUUUUAUGAACACAAACCUUUGAUUGGUACGCCAUAUGUUAAUGGACCAACAUAUCGUAAAUGGAAUUUAACAUUACCUCAAAUGGCUACAUUAUAUAGAUUAGCUAAUCAACUUUUAACUGAUUUAGUUGAUGAUAAUUUUUUUUAUUUAUUUGAUCCGAAAAGUUUUUUUACUGCUAAAGCAUUAAAUAUGGCUAUACCGGGUGGUCCGAAAUUUGAACCAUUAAUCAAAGAUCAUAAUAUUGGUGAUGAAGAUUGGAAUGAAUUUAAUGACAUUAAUAAAGUUAUAAUUCGGCAACCUAUUCGAACUGAAUACAGAAUUGCUUUCCCAUAUUUAUACAAUAAUAUGCCACAUUUUGUACAUCUUUCAUGGUAUCACACACCUAAUGUUGUUUACAUAAAAACGGAAGAUCCAGAUCUACCAGCAUUUUAUUUUGAUCCUUUAAUAAACCCGAUUUCUCAUAGACAUACAAACAAAAUAUUAGAACCAACAAUAGAUGAUGAUGAAGAAUUUGUUCUACCAGAAGAGGUGCAACCAUUUUUACAAGAUACUCCAUUAUAUACAGAUAAUACUGCAAAUGGAAUAUCUUUAUUAUGGGCACCAAGACCCUUCAAUAUGCGAUCUGGUCGUUGUAGACGUGCUUUAGAUAUUCCCUUAGUAAAGGGAUGGUAUAAAGAACAUUGUCCACCUGGGCAUCCAGUUAAAGUACGUGUGAGUUAUCAAAAAUUGUUGAAAUAUUAUGUACUUAAUGCUUUAAAGCAUAGAAAGCCCAAACCACAGAAGAAAAGGUAUUUAUUCAAAUCAUUCAAAGCAACAAAGUUCUUCCAGACAACCACAUUAGAUUGGGUUGAAGCUGGUUUGCAAGUUUGCAGACAAGGAUACAACAUGUUGAACCUUCUUAUUCAUCGUAAAAAUUUAAACUACUUGCAUUUGGAUUAUAAUUUUAAUUUAAAACCAGUAAAAACAUUAACUACUAAGGAAAGAAAAAAAUCGCGUUUCGGAAACGCUUUUCAUUUGUGUCGAGAAAUUUUAAGAUUGACUAAACUUAUCAUAGAUUCCCAUGUUCAAUAUCGCUUAAACAAUGUAGACGCAUUUCAACUUGCAGACGGUUUGCAAUAUAUUUUUGCUCACGUUGGUCAACUAACUGGAAUGUACAGAUACAAGUAUAAAUUAAUGAGGCAAAUUCGUAUGUGCAAGGAUUUAAAACAUUUAAUAUAUUAUCGAUUCAAUACAGGACCAGUUGGAAAAGGUCCUGGUUGUGGAUUUUGGGCCCCAGGUUGGCGUGUGUGGCUAUUUUUCAUGCGAGGUAUUACUCCGCUUUUAGAACGUUGGUUAGGAAAUUUAUUAUCGCGUCAAUUUGAAGGCCGGCAUUCGAAAGGAGUCGCAAAAACCGUAACAAAACAAAGAGUUGAAUCACACUUUGAUUUAGAAUUAAGAGCGUCAGUUAUGCAUGAUAUCGUCGACAUGAUGCCAGAAGGUAUUAAACAAAAUAAAGCAAGAACCAUUUUGCAACAUUUAUCAGAAGCUUGGCGUUGCUGGAAGGCGAAUAUACCUUGGAAAGUCCCAGGUUUGCCUAUUCCUAUUGAAAAUAUGAUAUUACGUUACGUAAAAAUGAAGGCUGAUUGGUGGACUAAUACAGCACAUUAUAAUCGUGAAAGAAUACGUAGAGGGGCAACUGUAGAUAAAACUGUAUGCAAAAAGAAUUUAGGUAGACUAACUAGACUUUAUCUAAAGGCCGAACAAGAAAGGCAGCACAAUUAUUUAAAGGAUGGUCCAUAUAUUUCACCUGAGGAAGCUGUCGCUAUUUAUACAACAACGGUUCAUUGGUUAGAAUCCAGGCGAUUUGCUCCUGUUCCAUUUCCUCCACUUUCAUAUAAACACGACACAAAAUUAUUAAUUUUAGCUUUGGAAAGAUUAAAAGAAGCUUAUAGUGUAAAAUCUCGAUUAAAUCAAAGUCAAAGGGAAGAGUUAGGGUUAAUAGAACAAGCAUAUGACAACCCACACGAAGCUUUAUCACGUAUUAAACGUCAUUUGCUAACCCAGAGAGCAUUUAAAGAAGUUGGUAUCGAAUUCAUGGAUUUAUACAGCCAUCUUAUUCCCGUUUACGAUGUAGAGCCACUUGAAAAAAUUACAGAUGCUUAUUUAGAUCAAUAUUUAUGGUAUGAAGCAGACAAAAGACGUUUAUUCCCACCAUGGAUUAAGCCCAGUGACACGGAACCUCCACCACUUCUGGUUUAUAAAUGGUGUCAGGGCAUUAAUAAUAUGCAAGACGUUUGGGAUAUUUCAGAAGGGGAAUGUAAUGUUCUUCUAGAAUCGAGAUUUGAAAAAUUGUAUGAAAAGAUUGAUUUAACUUUGUUAAAUCGUUUAUUGCGUCUUAUAGUUGAUCAUAAUAUUGCUGAUUACAUGACUGCUAAAAAUAACGUUGUAAUCAAUUAUAAAGAUAUGAACCAUACUAACAGCUAUGGAAUAAUUAGGGGCUUACAGUUCUCCUCUUUUAUUACACAAUAUUAUGGUUUAGUUUUGGACCUUCUAGUACUUGGUUUACAAAGAUCAAGUGAAAUGGCCGGCCCACCACAAAUGCCUAAUGAUUUUUUAACCUUCCAAGAUACUACUACUGAAACGGCUCACCCUAUCAGAUUAUACUGUAGGUACGUUGAUCGAGUUCAUAUUUUCUUAAGAUUCACUGCUGACGAUGCUAGAGACUUAAUUCAAAGAUACUUAACUGAACAUCCAGAUCCAAAUAACGAGAACAUUGUUGGGUACAAUAACAAGAAAUGUUGGCCAAGAGAUGCCCGGAUGCGUUUAAUGAAACAUGAUGUUAAUUUAGGACGUGCUGUUUUUUGGGACAUAAAAAAUCGCUUACCGAGGUCAGUUACAACGGUCAACUGGGAAAAUACUUUUGUAUCCGUAUAUUCAAAAGAUAAUCCCAAUUUGUUGUUUAACAUGUCAGGUUUUGAGUGCAGAAUCCUACCAAAAUGUCGAACUCAACAUGAGGAAUUUACACAUCGUGAUGGUGUCUGGAAUUUACAAAAUGAAGUGACUAAAGAAAGAACAGCUCAAUGCUUUUUGCGAGUCGAUGACGAGUCGUUAGGCCGUUUUCAUAAUCGAGUUCGCCAAAUAUUAAUGGCAUCAGGUUCUACGACGUUUACAAAAAUAGUGAAUAAAUGGAACACUGCUUUGAUUGGUUUAAUGACAUAUUUUCGUGAAGCUGUAGUGAACACUCAAGAACUCCUAGACUUAUUAGUUAAAUGCGAAAAUAAAAUUCAGACUCGUAUAAAAAUUGGUUUGAAUUCAAAAAUGCCUUCAAGAUUUCCUCCAGUUGUUUUCUACACUCCUAAAGAAUUAGGCGGUCUUGGAAUGUUAAGUAUGGGUCAUGUUUUAAUUCCACAAUCAGAUUUAAGAUGGUCAAAACAAACUGAUGUUGGUAUUACUCAUUUUCGAUCUGGGAUGUCUCAUGAUCAGGAUCAGUUAAUUCCAAAUUUAUACAGAUAUAUUCAACCAUGGGAAAGUGAGUUUAUCGAUUCGCAACGUGUAUGGGCUGAAUACGCAUUAAAACGUCAAGAAGCAAAUGCACAAAAUCGUCGUUUAACACUAGAAGAUUUAGAAGACAGUUGGGAUCGGGGUAUUCCUCGCAUAAAUACCCUUUUCCAGAAAGAUCGCCAUACUUUAGCAUACGAUAAAGGUUGGAGAAUUCGUACAGAGUUUAAACAAUAUCAAGUAUUAAAACAAAAUCCAUUUUGGUGGACUCAUCAAAGGCAUGAUGGAAAAUUAUGGAAUUUAAAUAACUAUAGAACUGAUAUGAUUCAAGCAUUAGGUGGAGUUGAAGGUAUAUUAGAACAUACGUUAUUCAAAGGCACAUAUUUCCCAACAUGGGAAGGUUUAUUCUGGGAAAAAGCAUCUGGUUUCGAAGAAUCAAUGAAAUAUAAGAAAUUAACAAAUGCACAACGUUCUGGUUUAAAUCAAAUUCCUAAUCGUCGUUUUACUUUAUGGUGGUCACCAACAAUUAAUCGUGCAAAUGUGUAUGUUGGUUUUCAAGUUCAGUUAGAUUUAACUGGUAUAUUUAUGCAUGGUAAAAUUCCAACUUUGAAAAUUUCUCUAAUUCAAAUUUUCCGUGCUCAUUUAUGGCAAAAAAUACACGAAUCGAUUGUUAUGGAUUUAUGUCAGGUAUUUGAUCAAGAAUUGGACGCUUUAGAAAUUGAAACAGUUCAAAAAGAAACUAUUCAUCCCAGAAAAUCUUACAAAAUGAACUCAUCUUGCGCUGAUAUUCUUCUGUUCCCUGCUUAUAAAUGGAAUGUGUCGAGACCUUCUCUCUUAGCUGACACGAAAGAUACUAUGGAUAAUACAACCACACAAAAAUAUUGGUUGGAUGUUCAAUUAAGGUGGGGUGAUUAUGAUUCGCACGAUGUCGAACGUUACGCUCGUGCUAAAUUUUUAGAUUAUACAACAGAUAACAUGUCAAUAUAUCCUUCCCCGACUGGAGUUUUAAUAGCAAUAGAUUUAGCAUAUAAUUUACAUUCAGCCUAUGGAAAUUGGUUCCCGGGUUGUAAAAUUCUAAUUCAACAAGCAAUGGCAAAAAUAAUGAAAGCAAAUCCUGCAUUAUAUGUAUUAAGAGAACGUAUUAGAAAAGCAUUGCAAUUAUACAGUUCAGAACCUACAGAGCCGUAUUUAUCUUCUCAAAACUAUGGAGAAUUGUUUUCUAAUCAAAUUAUAUGGUUUGUUGAUGAUACAAAUGUAUAUCGCGUGACAAUUCAUAAAACAUUUGAAGGUAAUUUAACUACGAAACCAAUUAACGGGGCAAUUUUCAUUUUCAAUCCGCGUACAGGGCAAUUAUUUUUAAAAAUUAUUCAUACAUCAGUUUGGGCCGGACAAAAACGUUUAGGUCAAUUAGCUAAGUGGAAAACGGCUGAAGAAGUUGCUGCAUUAAUUCGUUCUUUACCAGUAGAAGAACAACCCAAACAAAUUAUCGUAACUCGUAAAGGCAUGUUGGAUCCUUUGGAAGUGCAUUUGCUUGAUUUCCCGAACAUUGUUAUCAAAGGUUCUGAAUUGCAAUUACCAUUCCAAGCGUGCUUAAAGGUUGAGAAAUUUGGUGAUCUAAUAUUGAAAGCUACCGAACCUCAAAUGGUUCUAUUCAAUUUAUAUGAUGAUUGGUUAAAGACAAUUUCAUCAUAUACCGCAUUUUCUAGAUUGAUUCUCAUAUUGAGAGCUUUACAUGUUAAUACUGAAAGAACGAAAAUUAUAUUAAAACCAGAUAAAACUACUAUUACAGAAGCGCAUCAUAUAUGGCCAACUUUAACCGAUGAAGAGUGGAUAAAAGUAGAAGUACAAUUAAAAGAUUUAAUUUUAGCAGAUUACGGAAAGAAGAAUAAUGUUAAUGUAGCAUCUCUAACACAAUCAGAAAUUAGAGAUAUUAUUUUAGGCAUGGAAAUUUCAGCUCCAUCAGCCCAACGUCAACAAAUCGCUGAAAUUGAAAAACAAACAAAAGAACAAAAUCAAUUAACAGCGACUACAACUCGUACAACUAAUAAACAUGGUGACGAAAUAAUUACAUCCACUACGUCAAACUAUGAAACACAAACAUUUAGUUCAAAAACAGAAUGGCGAGUUCGUGCAAUUUCUGCUACAAAUCUACAUCUUCGUACAAAUCACAUUUAUGUCAGUUCAGACGAUAUUAAGGAAACCGGAUAUACAUAUAUCUUGCCUAAAAAUAUUUUAAAAAAAUUUGUUACAAUAUCAGAUUUGCGAGCUCAAAUAGCCGGUUAUUUGUAUGGUGUUAGUCCACCUGAUAAUCCUCAAGUAAAAGAAAUUCGUUGUAUAGUUUUACCGCCACAGUGGGGUACACAUCAAACUAUAAAUCUACCCAAUCAAUUACCCCAACAUCAAUAUCUCAAAGAUAUGGAGCCUUUAGGAUGGAUACAUACACAACCUAAUGAAUUGCCACAAUUAUCGCCACAAGAUAUUACAACACAUGCCAAAAUAAUGUUAGAUAAUGCAACAUGGGAUGGAGAAAAAACCAUUGUUAUUACAUGUUCAUUUACACCUGGUUCGUGUUCAUUAACGGCGUAUAAGUUAACUCCAUCGGGCUUUGAAUGGGGUUCGAAAAAUACAGAUAAGGGAAAUAAUCCAAAAGGCUAUUUACCAUCACAUUAUGAACGAGUGCAAAUGUUACUUUCGAAUAAAUUUUUAGGUUUCUUUAUGAUACCUGCGCAGGGUAGUUGGAAUUAUAAUUUUAUGGGAGUUCGUCACGAUCCAAACAUGAAAUACGAAUUACAAUUAGCAAAUCCAAAAGAAUUUUAUCAUGAAUUACAUAGACCUUCACAUUUCUUACUUUUUUCAAAUCUUGAAGAUGGUGGGGAUGGGGCUGGGGCAGAUCGUGAAGAUGUUUAUGCUUAAAAUUUUAUUUUACUUUUCACUAAAAUAUAAAAAUUGUGUUAGAUUAUUUUUAACAUAUAUACAAAUUUAUAAUAAUAAUAAAAUGUGUAUUAGAGUAAUAAAGAAAAAAUACAAAGUAAAUGUAAACCAAGCAGA